AUGGAUCUGGGCUGGGGACAGCGGGACGUGGGCUGGGCGGCCCUGCUGAUCCUUUUCGCCGCCUCGUUGAUCACGGUAGCUGGCUGGCUGCUGCAGUACGCCCGGGGCUUGUGGCGGACGCGGGCUGGCCGGGGCCAGGGCCCGGAGCUCGCCUUAGUAGCCGAACCCACAGGCUCCCUGCGGGAGCUGGGCAUAUGGCGUUCGCUGCUGAAGCUGCGGGUGACUAGAGCUGGCGUCCCUGAGGAGCCAGGCGUCCGGGGCCUCCUGGCGUCGCUCUUCGCCUUCAAGUCUUUCCGGGAGAAUUGGCAGCGGGCUUGGGUGCGAGCGCUAAACGAGCAGGCCUGCAGAGAUGGGAGCUCCAUCCAAAUCGCCUUUGAGGAAGUACCCCAACUCCUACCCAGAGCCAGCAUUAGCCAUGUGACCUGUGUAGACCAAUCAGAGCAUACCAUGGUGCUGCAUUGCCAGCUCUCUGCUGAGGAGGUGUGGUUCCCAGUCUCUGUGACCCAGCAGUCCCCCGCUGCCGUCUCCAUGGAGACCUACCACGUCACUCUGACACUGCCACCAACACAGUUGCAAGUCAACCUGGAAGAAAUCCCUGAUGAGGGGUUGCUAAUAUCCUGGGCUUUCACAGAUCGCCCAGCUCUCAGCCUGACGGUGCGCCCCAAGCUACAGGCCAGGGAGAGAGGCGAGGAGCAAGGAGAGCUCGCCACUAUUCAGGAAUUGAUUGAGGAUGCCAUAGUCAGCACCCAGCCGGCCAUGAUGGUCAAUCUCCGGGCCUGCUCUAUCCCUGGAGGCCCGACACCCAGUGAGAAGUCACCCAUAGUGCCCCAGACCCAGCCAUCCAUCCCCAGACCUACUCGUUUAUUCCUGCGGCAGCUUCGAGCAUCUCACUUGGGAAAUGAGUUGGGAGGCACUGGGGAAUUGUGCUGUGUAGCUGAGCUUGACAACCCCAUGCAACAGAAGUGGACCAAGCCUGCUAGGGCUGGCCCUGAGGUGGAGUGGACAGAGGACCUGGCACUGGAUCUGGCCCCCCAUAGCCGAGAGCUGACCCUCAAAGUAUUGAGGAGCAGCAGCUGUGGAGACAGUGAACUCCUGGGCCAGGCCACACUACCUGUGGGCUCUCCCUCCAGACCACUAUCCCGAAGACAGGUGUGUCCACUCACCCCAGGGCCAGGGAAAGUCCUGGGACCAGCAGCCACCAUAGCAGCAGAGCUUCAGUAUGAGGAAGGCUCCCCCCGGAACCUGGGCACUCCCACUCCUUCUACUCCACGCCCUAGCAUCACACCUACCAAGAAGAUUGAGCUCGACCGGACCAUCAUGCCUGAUGGCACCAUCGUCACCACAGUCACCACUGUCCAGUCCAGGCCCCGAGGAGAUGGCAAAUUAGACUCCCCCUCCCGCUCCCCGUCCAAGGUGGAGGUAACUGAGAAGACGACAACUGUGCUGAGUGAGAGCAGCGGCCCCAGCAGUACCUCCCACAGCAGCAGCCCAGGGGAGAGCCACCUUUCCAAUGGUUUGGAUCCUGUAGCAGAGACAGCAAUUCGCCAGCUGACUGAGCCGAGCGGGCGGGCGGCCAAGAAGACACCCACCAAGCGUAGCACUCUGAUCAUCUCUGGUGUUUCCAAGGUGCCCAUUGCACAGGACGAGUUGGCACUAUCUCUGGGCUAUGCGGCAUCCUUGGAAGCCUCCAUGCAGGAUGAUGCAGGGAGCAGCGGAGGUCCUUCUUCACCUCCUUCAGACCCACCAGCCAUAUCCCCUGGACCCCUAGAUGGCCUGUCCAGCCCCACAAGUGUUCAGGAAACAGAUGAGACAACACGUUCAGACAUUUCUGAGAGGCCGUCCGUGGAUGAUGUUGAGUCAGAAACGGGGUCUACUGGUGCCUUGGAGACCCGCAGCCUCAAGGACCACAAAGUGAGUUUCCUGCGCAGUGGCACUAAGCUCAUCUUCCGCCGGAGGCCCCGACAGAAAGAAGCUGGUCUGAGCCAAUCACAUGAUGAUCUGUCCAACACAACAGCCACGCCCAGUGUCCGAAAGAAGGCUGGAAGCUUUUCCCGCCGCCUAAUUAAGCGCUUUUCCUUCAAAUCCAAACCCAAGGCCAAUGGCAACCCCAGCCCUCAGCUCUGA